AUGUCUACUGCACUAGAGAAACAUCGAGCAAUGACAGAGAACAGAAUGAACGAGAAAUUUCCUUCUUCUUCCAACGAGUCAGAGAGGCCUGCUGACGCACUGGAAUACGAACUCGACGGGAUACACGAUGGACUCGUCUUCCCCACAGAGGAAGAGCGAGCUACAUUGCGACGCGUACCGGAUACCAUUCCUUGGAGCUCCUACUUAAUAGCAUUUGUUGAAGGAGCAGAACGGUUUUCGUUUUACGGGUCUAGCGUCGUCUUUACGAAUUUCAUUCAACGCUCGUUACCUCCUGGCUCGAAAACAGGAGCAGGUGGGCUUCACGGACAGGCCGGUGCACUGGGAAAAGGACAACGGGCAUCCACAGGGCUGACUACGUUCUUUCUCUUUUGGUGUUAUGUUACGCCAUUAAUCGGAGCUUACAUUGCCGAUGGUCAUUGGGGGCGGUUCAAGACGAUUUGGGUUGCAGUAUUCAUUGCCUUCAUCGGUCACAUCGUUCUCAUUGUAUCUGCCCUUCCUGGAGUAAUUGAGACUAACGGGGCAAUUGGCGCCUUCAUCGUUGCCAUUAUUACCAUUGGACUCGGUGCCGGCAUGUUCAAGGCAAAUAUCGCUCCUCUGGUUGCCGAGCAGUAUAAGCGCACUAAACUCUUUGUCGUAACAACCUCUUCCGGUGAAAGGGUCGUCGUUGAUCCGUCGUUGACUGUCUUACGAAUUUACAUGUACUACUAUUUAAUGAUAAACGUCGGUGCCCUGAUCGGAUCUAUUGCUAUGCCAUAUGCUGAGAAGUUUAUUGGAUUUUAUUUGGCUUUCACUCUGCCUACGGCCAUCUUUUUAAUUUGCCCGAUUGUCUUGUACGUGUCGCGGAACAAGUACACCAGAUCCCCUCCAACUACCUCCGUACUUGGAACAUCCAUUCGUCUUUGGAGACACGCAGCACGCGGAAAAUGGACUUUAAACCCAAUCCAGCUCUACAAAAAUUUUAAUGCACCGGGAUUCUGGGAAAAUGCAAAGCCCAGCAAGCAGAUCGGCGAAAAGCCAACAUGGAUGGUCUUUGAUGAUUUAUGGGUGGACGAGGUUCGCCGAGGGGUAAAAGCUUGUUCCGUGUUCCUGUGGUACCCAAUUUACUGGCUCGCAUACAAUCAGUUCAGCGGUAAUUUGACAUCCCAAGCCGCCACCAUGACGCUCCACGGUAUCCCCAACGACGUUGUAUUGAAUCUAGAUCCUCUCGUCUUGAUCGUUUGUAUCGUGCUUUGCGACCUUUUCAUAUAUCCAGCACUUCGUAGAAUGGGGAUUAACUUCAGUGCCUUGAAGAAAAUAACAGCCGGCUUCAUGGCUGGCGGUGCAGGAAUGCUGUGGGCGGCAGUUGUUCAACAUUACAUUUACAAGACAAACCCAUGUGGAAACCAUGCCUCCGAAUGUGAUGGGGUCUCCCCAUUGAGCGUAUGGAUCCAAUCUGGAUCAUACGUUUUUCUGGCUAUCAGUGAAGUGCUUGCAUCCAUCACGGGUCUUGAGUACGCUUUUACGAAAGCACCUAAAAACAUGCGGUCUCUCGUUAUGUCUGUGUUUCUAUUCAUGACUGCGAUAUCCUCCGCUUUGAGCGAGGCUUUUGUUUCCUUAUCCGGAGACCCCUUGCUCGUGUGGAACUACGGAGUUAUCAGCGUAAUGAUUUUUGUCACAGGAAGCCUAUUUUGGUGGUCUGUUAGAGAUCUUGACGCGAAGGAAGACGAACUCAACAAUAUUCCUGAGGGACACAUGGGUGCCCCUAUUAAUGAGGCGUCUAAGCAAAAUGCCUGA